GGCCCACGUCCACGCCCACGGCAGGUAUCACACAGACGUGUUGUUAAGCACUUGUUGCAAGUGUCUUGAGCCAGUUUUUCCACUCUUACAAGUCAAACACACAGCACAGCACACACACACGUGGAAAGAGACGAACCGUGAAGAUGCCGAGUCGAAACGCGCAGGAAUGGAUGCGCCUGUCCCUCCGCACGCCGGGCAUCUUCAUCUUCGGCCUGGUCUUGGCGCCCUGCGGCUGGGUGCUCAACCUGACCGCCACCGUGGCCCCCAACUGGAGGACCCUGGAGGACGUGCCCAACACGCCCAGCAACGAGUUCAUCGAGCAAGGCAUCUGGGACAUCUGCCGCUCCGUCACCACGUCGACGUCGUCCACGUGCGGCCUGGAGGACAGCCUGUACUUCGGUAACGAGAUCAUCGAUGUGGCCCAGGGUCUCAUGGUUGCCUCGCUGGUGGUCACCCUCGUGGGCCUGGCCGUGGCCAUCCCCGGGAUCCGCUGCUGGAAGGAGAAGCCCAACUGGGUGGUGGCCGGCCUUGGGGGGCUCUUGAUCUUCAUCUCUGGAGUGCUCGCCAUCAUCCCCAUCUCGUGGUACACCUACAUGCUGGAGGACAUCAGCACGGUGACGCCUACGGUGACCCUGCGUGUCGGCUACUGCAUCGUGCUGGGCUUUAUCGGCGGCAUCUUCGAGAUCCUGGGCGGCUUCGUCAUGUUCAUCGGCAUCUGUCGCUGCUGCGGGGGGAAGAACCGCGGCGAGGUGCGGGUGGAAGAGAACGGGCGCAGCCGCUUCAGCACGCGCCAACAGACGCAGCCCAGACGCGUGGACGUGCCCUCGCUGAGACGGGACCGCAGCCCCGCGCCCAGCAGCGUGCCCUACUCCCGGGACUCCCUGGACGACGACGUGUCCUUCCCCAGGGCCAAGAGCGCCGGGCCCCCCUCCAUCAACACGUCGUACAGCGGGAGGCCCUACGACGCAGACUUGUGAGGGGACAGAAAGAUUAUCAUCAGUCAUCGCAGUGUUUCCCAACCUUUGUUGAUCCAAGGCACAAAUUAUGUUACGUGAGAAAAACCCAGUGGUGGCAAGUAACGAACUACAAAUACUUCGUUACUGUACUGAAGUAGAUUUGCAGGUAUCUCUCUACUCGAGUAUUUAUUUUCCUUAACUCCCAGGCAUUUACUGCAACUGUACUUUUUCCUCAUUAUUUUGGCAACAAUGUUGGCUCCUUCUUGGAAGCAACUAUGAGUACAAAUACUUCAUGACUGUAAUGAAUUUGAUUUAUCAAGUAGAAUCUAUGUAUUUUUUGAACAAUGUUUGACUUAACUCCCCAUUAAGUACAAAUAUGUAACUGUACAGAAGUAGAUGUGUCAAGUAUCUUAGACACUGAAAACAACUUUUUUUUUUUUUUUUUUUUGCUGUAUUCUACUGGAGUAUUGACUUUGGUAGAAUAGGCUCCUUCAGGGAAGUAACUGAGUACAAAUACUUCCUUACUGUACCAAAGUACAUUUGUCAGGUAUCAGUGCUCGAGUAUUUAUUUUUCGACAACUUUAUACUUUAACUCGCUGAUAUCGUUUUACUCCUUACAUUGUCAAAAUAAACUCAUUAUGGGAACCUCCAAUCCUUUAUUAGCAUCACCAUUGUCGACUAAGACUGCCUUGUUUUAUUUUAUUUUUUCAUGCUAAUUGAUGGUUAAAGUGGCUAAGAGAGAUCAAAUAAGUUUAUGUCGUUAAAGCCAAAGUUGUUUGAGUAUUAAUGCAAUGAAGGAGUCAGUUUUAAAUGCUGUUUAAUGUAUUUACGGGUUUGUGGAGCUACAUGUGCCAAAAAGCAGUGCAAUCAAACAUUUUAUUGAAGGGGAAUCAAGGUUUUUGUGAAGAAAAUCAGCCAAGUGAAGAUUUAUGUUUUUUGUCUUGUAUACAUUAAUUUGUAGAUUCCUAUCCUAUAUCUUUCUGGAAUGACUAACUAGGACAAUGAAUAAUGUAAAUAUUCCUGUAUGCACUUUACAUUGAUGACUCGAAGUGACGUGAUAAAAAAAAAAAAAAAAACAUUCUCACUGUUG